AUGUUAUUAAUAUUUUACUUAUUUGGGAUCGUCCAUGGGAAUAUUUUUAAUCUGGACUUAUCAGUUCAUGCUUGAAUAAGUUUGGAGCAAGAAAUUUAUCUAGAGAUUACACCAGACAUUUCAAAUGGCUAUGCAUGAAUUGUUACAGAAGCAAGCUCAGAGGAAUUAAUAAUAAAAGAAGAGUCUGAUAUGAUUUUAAGUACACUAUUAAAUGUCCCUAUAGUGACACAAGUAUUUUCUGUUUCUUGUACAGAAAAAUGCAAAAAUGGGGAUACAGUACAAUUGUCAUUUGCUUUGAUUGGCUCUGACAGCUUACCAAUAGAAACUCGUGAAAUUUUUAUUCAAAUUUCAAACCAGCGGAUGUUUUUAACAAAGCAAGUGGCGAUUUCUUAUAAUGAUUCGAAUAAUAACAACUUCAUUCAUGUAUUUAUUGCAAAUGGACAUAUCAGAGAAAUGAUUAAAAUCAACGACAAAUGAAGUGAUGGAAAACUUGAUGUUAAAGGCAAUGAUAUAUCGGCAAUUUCAUUUUCUGGAGAUUUUGGAAUUAUAAUAAAAGCUUAUAUUUCUGAUGGUCAUCAAAUCACUGAAUGGUUAUAUACAGGAAAUGAAUGGAAAAGAGGGAAUUUUGUGUAUUCUGGUGUGAGCUCUUCUCUUGUAAGUUGGAAUGAUAAAAUUAACGAUGAACUUCGUGCAUAUUUGUUUAUUACACAACACGAUAAUAAUGUUGUUGAGUUUAUGUGGGAUCGAAAAAAGUGGAUUUUUGAAGAAAUUAUUAUAUAA